AUGGCCCGCUAUACCCAAGUGCUGCGAAACUUUGACAUAGUUAUCAAGCACAUACCAGUUGUGUUGAAUCCUGUGGCUGAUGUGCAGUCGUGUUUGGGCUACCACAUUGACCCGAUCAUGCAGGCGCGGAGUGCUCCGGUUGAGGAACGAGUCCAUUGGAGUGAUCCGGUGGUGGUGGAUCCAAAGACGGAGUCCUAUGCCUUGAGUGAGAGUUGGUUUACCAAGUUAUGGGACAAGUUUGGCUCAUUCGAUGCGGAAGGAUUUGCACAUCCAACCAACUUUCGUAUGAAGCCGUUUUACCAGCCUACGCUGGCUUGGGGGGUGUUUGCUUUGCGCACCUGGAUGGGUACAAGGUGGUACUUCAACCCUAAGUGGUCAGAUUAA